ACUCGCGCGCUCGAAGCGGGCUCGAGUUGUUAUAAAAGUGGCAAGGACAUACGGUCGAGCCAUUAGUCGAAAACUAUAAACGCUCGACGCGAAAUCGUCUCCGGGUCUCCGUCUCCGUCAACAUAAACAUAAAGCAUAAAGCUAAAAGCUAAACGCAUUAAGCAUUAAGCAUUAAGCCUAAAGCAUAACCGCAACCGUUAACGCCAACCGAUACUGAACCGAUACACAACCGAUUACUGCAAAUAAAUUCGGAACACUGUUAUUUUUUUUUCGAAUUUAUUUCGACCGAAAGCCCGAAGGAUUUGUUUGUUUUUUUUUGGUUCAAGUGCCAGUCCGAAAAAGGCGAAGAAAAGCAAAAGUGACCAAUGGCCAAUGGAGCAGUGCGGUAAAUAGGAGACCCAAAAACCAAUCCAAGCCAAAAGGCAGAAAGCCAAGAAGUUAGCAAGGAGGAGGAUAACCGAAUCCCACAGAGAAAUCAAUCGAGAGGACAGAGCAAAGGAUCGAGAAGAGGAGCCACAAUGCUGACCGAUUCGUACCUGAUCAAGUUCCUGCUGCGCCAACUGCAGGUGCAGCAGGACGGCGAUGCCCAGCACCUGCUGAUGGUCUUCCUGGGACUCCUGGCGCUGGUCAGCCUGCUCCAGUGGCUGGUGCGCAACUACCGCGAGCUGCGGAAGCUGCCGCCGGGUCCCUGGGGACUGCCAGUCAUCGGCUAUCUGCUCUUCAUGGGCAGCGAGAAGCACACCCGCUUCAUGGAGCUGGCCAAGCAGUACGGAUCCCUCUUCUCCACGAGACUGGGCAGCCAGCUCACGGUCGUGAUGAGCGACUACAAGAUGAUACGCGAGUGCUUCCGGCGGGAGGAGUUCACCGGUCGCCCGGACACGCCCUUCAUGCAGACCCUCAAUGGUUAUGGCAUUAUCAACAGCACUGGCAAAUUGUGGAAGGACCAGCGACGCUUUCUGCACGACAAACUCCGCCAGUUCGGGAUGACCUACAUGGGCAAUGGCAAGCAGCAGAUGCAGAAGCGCAUCAUGACGGAAGUGCACGAGUUCAUUGGCCACUUGCAUGCCAGCGACGGACAACCGGUGGACAUGUCACCGGUGAUUUCGGUGGCCGUCAGCAAUGUCAUCUGCAGCCUGAUGAUGUCCACGCGCUUCAGCAUCGAUGACCCGAAGUUCCGCAGGUUUAACUUCCUCAUCGAGGAGGGCAUGCGCCUGUUCGGGGAGAUCCACACGGUGGACUACAUACCGACGAUGCAGUGCUUCCCCAGCAUCUCGACGGCCAAGAACAAGAUCGCCCAGAAUCGCGCCGAGAUGCAGAGAUUCUACCAGGACGUGAUCGACGAUCACAAGCGCAGCUUCGAUCCCAGCAACAUUCGGGAUCUGGUGGACUUCUACCUCUGCGAGAUCGAGAAGGCCAAGGCCGAGGGCACCGAUGCCGAGCUCUUCGAUGGCAAGAAUCAUGAGGAACAACUGGUUCAGGUAAUCAUCGAUCUGUUCUCCGCCGGCAUGGAAACCAUCAAGACCACCCUCCUCUGGAUCAAUGUGUUCAUGCUGCGCAAUCCCAAGGAGAUGCGUCGUGUCCAGGACGAACUGGACCAGGUUGUGGGUCGCCAUCGGUUGCCCACCAUCGAGGAUCUGCAGUACCUGCCCAUCACGGAGUCCACCAUUCUGGAGUCCAUGCGCCGCUCCAGCAUCGUUCCCUUGGCCACCACUCACUCGCCCACAAGGGAUGUGGAAGUGAAUGGUUAUACCAUACCGGCCGGCUCGCAUGUCAUCCCGCUGAUCAACAGCGUGCACAUGGACCCCAAUCUGUGGGAGAAGCCGGAGGAGUUCCGCCCCUCGCGAUUCAUUGACACGGAGGGCAAGGUGCGCAAGCCGGAGUACUUCAUCCCGUUCGGAGUGGGCAGGAGGAUGUGCCUGGGCGACGUGCUGGCGAGGAUGGAGCUCUUCCUGUUCUUCGCCUCGUUCAUGCACUGCUUCGACAUCGCACUGCCGGAGGGCCAGCCGCUGCCCAGCCUGAAGGGCAAUGUGGGUGCCACCAUCACGCCGGAGUCCUUCAAGGUUUGCCUCAAGCGGCGUCCAUUGGCUCCCACUGCCGCGGAUCCCCAUCACAUGCGCAACGUGGGCGCCAACUAAUGUGGAGUUUCGGUUCGCGCCACAGAGCACGGUUUUGUUCCUACACAAAAGAAAAAAAAAAAAAAACAACAGAGAAAAAAUCAACAAGAUGAAAACAACACAACACAAAAGCGAGAUGCGCCACCUCCAAUCGGAGCGAUCCGUUUAGCCAUUCAAGCUUAUAGUUAUCCGCCCGUGGGAGGAGCAGAUCCUGGCCAGAAAUCCUGGCUAGAUCCUGGCCAGAAAUCCUGGCUAGAUCCUGGCCAGAUCCUGGCUAGAAGCAGUGAGAGCAGAGCAGCCGGAAGCUGUGACCAAGCAACCACAACGAGGACUGCAAACAAUUCUAUUCUUUCACCCCCAAGAAGCUGUGUUCAACUAAUUGUAAUUACACCCCUAGUUUUAGCCUAGUUACGAUUCUAUCUAUAAUGUUUAUGUUUUUCAUUAUUAUUAAUAUUAUUAUUAAUAUUAUUAUUAUUAUUAUUAUUAUUAUUUUUAUUAUUAUUAUUAUUAUUAUUAUUUUUAUUAUCGGUAAUCUUACGAUAUUGCUAUGUGUACAGCCAGCAGGCCGAUUAGCCCUAAGUGUAGUUAGCUAACGUUCUUGUUUAUUCCUAGUAUUAGUGCUAGCUUAAUGUCCAAACAACAAACAACAACAACAAAACAACAAACAACAAAACAAACUGUGGUUUAGUCUUACAAGCACACAUCAAAAAAUAGGCAGACAAUUCGAAAAUAAAGAAAAACUUGUGAAAAAACCUUAAACAAAACUGA